AUGGCAGAUCUAAGAGAAUGGUAUCCAAUAGAGGUGACAACGCACAAUCUGCACUUCCACGAGGAAGCAUCUAUAUUCACGAUGCAUGGAAACGACAAGUUCAUAGCUACUGGGGGAGGAGACAAGGAUAUAAGGCUGUGGAGGGUGGAGAGGAACGCACCCAAGGGCGGGGACUUCUGCUACACCACAGCCAUUAACUCCUCGAUGAAAAUAAAGUACCAUAGUGUACUCUCUGGGCACCAUAGAAGUGUCAACUGCGUCAGAUUUGAUGGGGAUCUGCUGGCAUCCUGCUCUGAUGGAGGAGAAGUUAUACUGUGGAUAAAAGGGAGGCCAUACGUGGUGAAGAGGAUUGAUGGAGAUGAUGCAUAUGAGCUUGCAUGGGGAAACAGGCAUCUUUUUGUUGGCUUCUCUAGCGGAAGUAUACUGGUGUAUCAGGUGGAUCUUGCUGCCGGACUCCUGGACGCUACUGGUGGAGAGGACGAAAACGACCCCAACCUGGGGGCUUCGGAUGCUGAAAGCUGCCAUGUGGAGGAGAAGGGCCAUCUACAAGGAGAGGGGAUAUCCGCCAAGCUGGUACAAAGAAUAAAGUGCCACGGAGACAUAAUCCAGGGAUUGGCUUUCAACCACCGCUUCGGGCUCUUGACGUCUCUGAGCAAGGAUCGCACAGGAAAGACGUUUCUGUUCACAGACAGACUCACACAGAUAGAGAAGAUGGAGUAUGUCGACGGAGAUAGACUUUUCUCGGUUGGAAGAGGGUUUUUUAGGAGACCCUCGUACUCUCCAGACGGCAAGCUUUUGUAUCUUCCAUGUUGCAGAUCGAACAGUGUUGUUGUGCUUCACUAUCCAUUCCGAACGGAGCAUAUGUAUGCAACAAUAGGUCCGUUAGACUCAGAACCCUUGAAGGUGAUGUGCAGUGGAGACAGGGUGCUCAUCGCAACAAAAAAAAGCCUGUAUGUCUUUCUUGGCGAGACACCUUUGUUUUGCGUUGACAACAUCACCUUCAUGGCCAUCACUGACGGGUGUUUCUUUGAUGGAGCCUGCUUUGUGUCUUCUCUAGACGGAUUCCUGUCAUCGCUGUGCAUAGGAGGAUGGUGA